ACUUGUUCUAUCUGUGGCCAUGUUCCACCAACGGGUUUACGGUGAAGUUAUCUCAAAAAUAUGGUUUAUACGUUUUCAAACAACACUGAGGUCGAGUUCGCAACAGGUUUGCGUCCGGCUUCUCCCCAGCCCUCGCUGUUUCUUCGACGAACCGGUGCACGUGAAGGUAGAUGGACUUUCUCCCCACCAGAAAGUAGAGUUGAGGUCCAAACUCAAGGACGAUAAAGGGGUCAUCUUUAGAGCUUCCGCUCUGGUCGCUGCAGAUGCUAGCGGACAGGUGGACCUGUGUCGCUCUCCUUCUCUGGGCGGCAGCUACACGGGAGUUGAAUCCAUGGGCUUGUUUUGGGCCAUGGUGGCCGAGACUCCACACAGCAAACUGUUAAAAAAAAAUGUUUUGGGUUCAAUGAUGGUUGACAUAGAAGUGCUGCAUGGGGACACAGGUGAGCUCUUGGCCACAGAGACCAACGAGAGGCGGUUCAUGACGGAAGGGGUAAGGAGAAUACCGUUGGGCAUGAAAGCAGGGAGAAUACGGGGAGUCCUCUUUCUACCACCCGGGCAGGGUCCAUUCCCCGGUGUACUGGAUGUGUAUACUCUGGGUGGAGGUAUAUCAGAGGUCCGGGCCAGUCUGCUGGCUAACAAAGGCUUUGUGGUUCUGGCUCUGGCCUACUUUGGCUUCCAGGACCUGCCCAGAACCGUGCCCAAAUACUUUGACCUGGAGUACUUUGAAGAGGCUAUCACUUUCCUGAGGCAACAGCCACAGGUACAGGGUCCAGGAAUAGGAAUCUUGUCCAUCUCGAAGAGUGGGGAUCUGGCUCUGUCCAUGGCUUCUUUUCUCUCUGGCAUCUCAGCCACAGCCUGGAUCAACGGCAGCAACGCUAAUACGGUGGUGCCACUGCACUACAAAGACCUCAUCAUCCCUUCCAUCACGCCUAUUGUUGAGAACGUCACCUUCUCCCCGUCCGGCAUCCUAGACAUCCGAGACGCCUUACCGGACCCAGAGACUGAGGUGAACCGCGGUUCCGUAAUCCCAAUAGAGCGUUCCAGUUCUAGGUUCCUCUUCGCCGCCUCUGAGGACGACAGGAACUGGAACAGCUGUCUCUUCGCCCAACAGGCCGCCGCCCGGCUGAGGAAUCAUGGGAAAGAGAACUUUGAGGUGGUGAUGUACCCCAGGGCGGGGCAUUUUCUGGAAGUACCCUACAUGCCCCACUGCCCAUCUGGCUUCCAUCCCGCGGUUGGUCAAGUGGUGGUGUUUGGGGGAGAGGCUAAAGCCCACCAUCAGGCUCAGCUGGACCUGUGGAGGAGGGUCCAGGAGUUUUUCAGGAAACACCUGGAGGGGAACAACACUGGCGAAAAAGCUACGUUAUAUACUAGAGGGUAAGACAAGGGUUUCCGUUAGGAACAUUUGGCACUGGACAACAUAACCAGGAAGAUUUUAAUUUACCAGACAUUUUAGAAAUGUACUGGACAUUCGUAUGCAUUCAGAUUCGACUACAAAGAGAGGGGGAAAGAAACUGCCCACCUGGCGAGGCAGUGCCAUCAAUAAACGAGGGAUAGCCUAUUGGCCAAAUGAGCCACGUUUGAAUUGUCCUUAACAGCCUAUAACAAAUUACAAAAACACUUCAGUGUUUUAGAUGUGUAGCAUAAGCAAACAUGUAUGGCCUAUUGUUUUAUUGCGUUUUACUUUCCUAAAACAAUUGUCCACCUCACGGUUCAGCUGUCGGAGAUUUGAGCACUAAAUGCAUCAGGGCAUUGCGUGCAUAUGCCUAUAGGCUUAGACGUCCACCGUAUGAUAUGAAUAUUAAACAUUUUAAAAAUACAUGUAAAAUAAGAAACUUAUUCCUUGCCCCAGAGACGGAGAGGGGAUAUGCCAGUGGCAUGCUGCGACACCUCCAUGCAUUUGUCAGAUGGUUACAGCGUCUGCAAGAUAUAAGUGUACAGAAGGAGGCUUAUUCAUUCAUUUUCAAUCAGAAUAUUUUUUAUAAAGAUACUCUUAUAAACAAUAUAUUGAUUAACUCUGGUAGGCCUAAAAUUUCGGUUGGAGCGUCGGUGCGGAGCGUCGGUGCGCACUGCUUCCAUUGUCCUUUCAUUGUCCUGCAGCAGCCAGUUUAAUAGGCCUAAUAGCUGCACCAAACUUUAACAAAAGUUUCUAAACUUUAUUAGUGAAAUAUCAAAAGUCAAGUCAUUUGUUUGUAGAGAAAAUAUGAGCAGAUUAUUAUAUUGCGGUAAACAAACCAUUAUACAGUUAUAUAAUUAUACAUUAUAUAAUUUGGCAAAUGAAAAAAUAAAUACAAAAUUUAACAGAAUUUUAACACACUUGUGACGCAAUUACCAGCAAACGCUAGUGCCUACUGUACACAACGAAUGACAGCAAUAGGCUAAUAAUAUGUAUUUUACAAUAGGCCCACUUUUGAACCUAUUUUAAACGAAAUAUCAGACUUAAAAUGAAAAUGUCAACAGAAUAAUACAAAACACGUUUUACAUAUUUCAAGAACUGGUUUAGAUUAAUAAAUAGGCCUACAGUAAUAGCCAUAUACAAUAAUAGGGUAAUAAAAUAAAUAAAUACAAGUUGCCAGGAGCCUGCAUUUGGAUGUGCCAACGUUCUUCUAAUCUUUGUCUGCUACAAUAUUAAAACUUGGUCACACAGAGGACCUUCCCUUUGUAAGCUUUUCACUGUAGACAUACUUUUUCCCCCUCUAACUUUCAUUUUACUUAAUAACCGAAGAAGGAUAGAAAAAAAUUGGUUAAUCCCUCAGCACUAUUGAGCAGGGCCGGACUACCGCAUUUGGGGCACAACAUUUUGCCAUGGUGCUGAGAGAAAAAUGUGCAGUUUUAACGCUAAUUUCCUGCAAUUCUACACAUUGCUAUCAUAUACUAUGGCUGUUCGGUACUCUGUCCCUGCUAGUGACUAACAAAAUCAAUUGAGCCCUGUGUUAUUCAGCCAUGAUUACUACAAGUUUACAUAGCUGGCAAGACUAACUUACCAAUCUAUAAAUUGUUAGCUAACAUGGCUAAUUGAGUGACUGACAUAUUAAAAUUAAAACUGCUGAUGCACAACCAAAUUUCUAAAUUGCACCUUGUGUAUUUUACUGAGGGUUGCAAAAUUAUGGGAACUUAAAUAGCAGUCUGAACAUCAGACAGGAUGGCAUUGUCUCCCUCAAUCCGUGCAAUGGCUACUGCUAUAGGUUUCAUCCAGGAGGAUCCUCUUGAUGGGGCUGUCCAUAUCGGCAGAUAUGAGUCAUAUCGGCAGAUAUGGACAGAUAUUCUCCCUCCAGGAGAAUGUUAAACGUGAUGACAACACCACCCCAACGGGUGUUGCAUUGCAGCUUCAAUGUUGUGCUCUUAUUCUUCUCACUUUCGUUUGUGUGGUAGAUUCCUGCUAUAACUUGAUGGCCUUUCACAUGCCUAACUAUUUCCUUGGCACUCUUGUAGAGUUUCUGUUGUUUUCAGUGCCAUGUUGUCCUUGAGGAGCAGAUUCAAUGCAUGAGCAGCACAGCCAAUGGGUGUGAUGUGAGGGUAGGACUUUCCCACUUUAGACCAAGCAGCCUUCAUGUUCCCAGCAUUGUCUGUCACCAGUGGAAAUACCUCCUGUGGUCCAAGGUCAUUGACUGCCUUCAGCUCAUCUGCAAUGUAGAGCCUGUUGUGUCUGUUGUCCUGUGUGUCUGUGCUCUUGUAGUAUACUGGUUGAGGGGUGGAGAUGAUGUUAAUUAUUCCUUUCCCACGAACAUUCGACCACCCAUCAGGAGAUGAUUGCAAUGCACUCUGCUUUUUCUAUGCUUUGCUUUGCUUGAUCUUGACUUGAACUCUGUUGAACUCUGCAUCCAGCAAAUGAGUAGAUAAAGCAUGUCUGGUUGGAGGGGUGUAUGCUGGGUGAAGAACAUUCAGAAAUCUCUUCCAAUACACAUUGCCUGUGAGCAUCAGAGGUGAACCAGUUGCAUACACAGCUCGAGCAAGACAUUCAUCAGUAUUUCUCUGACUACGUUCCUACAUUGAGUCAAACUUCUGAUUCCAGGAGGACCAUGAGCUGUUGAACUUUAUGCACUUGGCCAGAUGAUUCUGCAUCUUUGUUGCAUUCUUCACAUAUGAUUUGUCACAGUAUUUGCAAAUGUACAGAAGGCUGUUUAGAAGUGUGCAAGAUCUUGAUAAUCAGCUGUACAUGUGAUGGAAGUGUGCACUGCACCUGUAAUGGAAGAAAUCACUGAGCAUGCAGAGGGUUGCAAUUCCAUUGAAUUGGGGAUAGGUUAUCCAAUAUAUGCCACAAGACCUAGAAUUGCCUUAUGUGUAUCCCACAAAAAAGUUCACUGUUAUAAGCUAACUUUUUUUGAUGAAUUUAAGCAAAAUUCCCCAAAUUCUCGGGCUUAACUUCCCAUGGAAAAUUCCCAACCCUUUGCAACCCUAGGUAGGUGUCAUCUUAAUUCACAAACACUAACAGGUACUGAGGAGAGAGAGAUUCUGUUAUUUGUGUGAAAUAUUUCUAUUCUGGGAUAGUUGUUCACUGAAAUGCUAUCAUUAGUUGCUUAUCCUACUACAGUGUAAAUAAAUGUCUUGUGCUUUCCGUUAUAAUGUUAGGUCAAAUUCACAGGGUAAAGUAGAGGUUUAGCCAAUCAGUGGCUAAAGACCACCCACUUGCCCUGAUUUACAUAUCCCUUUUAUUUUGAACAAGACCAUGAAAUUAUGAAAUGGAUCAUGUCAUACAGUGCCAUUAAUGAAGUGAUACACGUUAUAAUGAAAAAUCAAUUGGGAAAUACAAUGUGUCAUUAUGAAAUAAAAUAUGGUAACAUUUGUAGAAAAGUGACACUGAAAUAUGAUUUCAUAAUAAUCCAUCCAACAGUUUCCAAAAGCACAUGUUCAUUAUUUUUCAACCAGGAUUAUAGUAUGCAGCGAGUCUUUGACAAUGACUAUUCAUUUUUCAAACUUUUAAAUUAAAACAAAUUUGUGUCAAUCUCUCCUCCUGUUUUUAACAUUAUAAGCAGAUGUAUCGUGCACACCAGAAUUUAUUGGAUGGUAAAUCAUUUUGGGGUAUUUUGACCUAAGGCCUUGACUUUAUCCUAAUGAGUACUUCACAGUAUGCAAAUGGUCGCCGCUACCGUCUAUCAAAUAGUAACAUGCAGUUAACCUAUAUUUGUGUGUGAGUAAGCAAUCAUCAUCUCUGGGGUUGGCAGCUGUCUCCUUCCAGCUUUGGCCUCCUGUUGCAAUUGUUACUUGAAGUUAGAUUUAGACCACAAAUAACACAUGUCCCUUUUAAAACGCAGGUGCCUUUCUAUUUUUUUUGUCAUUGCAAAAUUACACAGAAUGUGCUCAGAAAGAGGGGGGGGGGGGGGGGGGGUUUAGAUUGUUUAUCCUAUGUGAUUGUGCCUCAACUUUUCAUGAAAAAACACAUGCUCCAGUACUGUAGAGUGUAGACAUACCUAGUCCUUUGAUGUAAAGAAAUGAUGCUAGCAAAAAGUAUAUUCUAUGUAUACACAGAACUCUCCCCCUCAGUUAAAAAGAAAUGGCAAAGUGGUUCUUUAAAAGUGUUGCAGAUUGAUUUACUGGUACUGUAUGGUCAGCUUUGAUACUUUUAAUAUAGGUUUCUGUUAAACUAGCAUUAUGUACCCAAUGGCAUCAAUACAUUAUGGACUGUAUUCAUGAACAACUCUGAUUAUCAACCCCCAAGGGAAAUCAUCUCUGUGGAAUACCUCAAAUAACAAAAAUAGAUGUUAGUGUGCUACUCUAUGGCUUGCUCUGGUAAAGCAGUGAAAAGAAAUCAGCUAAACAUGGAGAGAGACUUUUCCAAUGUGGUUUUCUGUGAAGAAGUAAACCUCAUCCUAGAUGAAGUGGGUGACAGAGACCAUCUGGUUGCCUGAGUCAUAGCUAUGCCGUCUGCUUUAGGAACAAGCAAUCCCUUAGCAGAGAAUACAUCUGGCAUCUGGCGCUAAAAUAUGGCCAGUGGCAAGGAGAUGGCGCUCACACACAACUCACUCACUGUGCGAUCAAUCAUCCAUUGUGUUUCAAAACUCAUGGUAAUAACUGUAAAUAAAUACUAUGGUAGUCAUUAACCCAAUCAGAGUUGAAUUCUCCCUCUACUUUAGUCUGUGGCACAAAUGAGCCUGACCUCAGUAAAUGCUCUUCUAUAUCCUACUGUGGUGGUGGGUGUACCUUUCUGUCUGUGUCACUAGUGAUGAUCUGGUACUCCUCAGGGUGGUAGCAGACACUUCUAACCAGAGUAUAUCUGCUGUUUCUAUUUGUUUCACUAUUUCACUGUUUCAACUGUUAGUAUUUGAUUAUAUUUGUUAAACUAUUAGUCCUUUCUUCAUAUCAAUAGCAUUGUAACCAGAUUCUGUUAUGAAUAAACAUGAGUCAAGGCGUGCAAUGCUUGUGGUUUUUAAAAACGUUGUUUAUCUGGUAGGCCCUAACACAGUGCAGUGGUUUCAUGCCCACUAAUUACCUUCUACGGCAUCUAGGUAUCUAUAAUAAAAUAAUUUGGUGGGUG